AUGCACAAACUUACGGUUGGGGCUCUGUUGGCCCUCACGGCAUUGUCCGUCGCCGAGGUGUACUUGAAGGAAGAAUUCGGUAAGCAUUGUUUUUCUUUGGACUUUGUCUUUAGGUCUUGGUGAGGAUUAUGAUAGCACUCCUUCGAGAUGUUGUAACAAAGGAAAAUCAAUUUUUGGCAUAGAUAAGGGUUGAUUGAAGCAUUAUAGCGGAGGCUUCGAAGUAAACACGUUUAGCAAGUCUAAACUUCUUUUCAAAUUUCAAUAAUUGAUGGGUAACAAAAAUUGAUGUGACUUUAAAAACAGAGGCGUCAUAAUUUGUUAAUCAGGUUCAUUAGAAAGUGUGGGUCUUACGUCGUCUCGAUAGGCAAAAAUUCUUUGAUUUUCCAUAGGUUGGACUAGUAUAUUAUCCUUGAACUUGACUUAUGUAUGUAUAUUUUGCAGGAAAAGGAUGGGAAGACCGAUGGGUACAGUCUAAGCACAAGGAAGACUUUGGAAAGUUUGUUGCCUCAGCAGGGAAGUGGUAUGGCGAUGAGGAACGCGACACCGGAAUCAAGACUUCUCAAGACGCCCGAUUCUACGCCCUCUCCACCAAAUUCCCCAAGUUCUCGAACAAGGGAAAGCCAUUGGUUGUCCAGUUCACCGUCAAGCACGAGCAGAACAUUGACUGUGGAGGUGGAUAUUUGAAGAUCUCCCCAUCCAGCGUCAGCCAGGAGGAUUACCACGGAGAGUCGGACUAUGUGAUCAUGUUCGGUCCCGAUAUUUGCGGUCCAUCCAACAAGAAGGUCCAUGUGAUCCUCAACUACAAGGGCAAGAACCAUUUGAUCAAGAAGAACAUUGCCGCCAAGGACGAUGACCUCACUCACUUGUACACUUUGAUCCUGAACCCCGACAACACCUACGAGGUCCAUAUCGAUGGAGCCAAGGUCGAGAGCGGAGAACUGGAAGCCGACUGGGACUUCCUGCCCGAGAAGAAGAUCAAGGACCCCGAUGCCAAGAAGCCCGAUGACUGGGAUGACAAUGAAUACAUCACCGACCCAGAAGACACCAAACCCGAGGACUGGGACAAACCACAACACAUCCCAGACCCGGAGGCCAAGAAACCCGAAGAUUGGGACGAUGAAAUGGACGGAGAAUGGGAACCACCAAUGAUCGACAACCCAGAAUACAAGGGAGAAUGGAAGCCCAAGGAGAUCAAGAACCCCAACUACAGCGUAAGUGAAGUUUUGACGAGUUUUUGGAUGUUAGAACAGAGUUGAUCGUGGAUAAUAUAGGAGUUGAUGGAAAAGGAGGUAUUAGGUCUGAAAGUAUGACUCCGCCGUUUUUUGGCUCGACAAUUUUAAUCAAAACAAAAAAAUUACAUUAACGCUUAUUUCAUUAUUAUUACCACUACUAACUACGAUAUUUUCCCACAAUUUGAGCAACUUUUGAAUACUAUCAGUGAAAACGUUUUUUUGUUUUGAGGCAACUUAGCCAUCGGGCCAAUUUUGGACAUUUUUGUAUUCAGCGAAGCGCUGCUGCCUCAGAUCGAGUUUCAUCGGUCAAAACAAGUGUUAUUCUUAAAGAAGUGACCAUAAAACAAAAUCAAUUUGUUUUAUUCCGGUAGCUCUAAUCGUUGUCAAUAUUUAUUCAUUUAUUGUUUGCCCCCGGUCACGAAUUGAGGCAAAAGGAACUUCUUUUCUGUCCUUCCAUCAGAACUUUGCAGAUUGUUUUAGGUCAAUUAAUAUGGUACCAAGCUCCCUGCUCCCUGCAUCUUUUCCAUUUGUUGCAGCUUUAUGAAACUACUUUCUGCUUUACCUUUAGCUUCCCGACUAACCUUCUUUUUGCGUCUGGGCAUUGCUUUUAUCGCAUAAUCUCCAUCUUCAAAUUUUUUGAACCGUUGAAGCCAUCCCCGACGAAUUUUUUCACACAAGACACUAGCGCAUGCUUCUGUGAACGUUCUAUGCGUUAUCGGCGUUUUUCCUAACAUUACACUGCAGAAUAAAGUUUCCCGCAAAUCACCUUUUCUUAAGGUGAAGAUGGUCAUCUUUGAAGCUUCAUAAUUAGAGGUGGCAAUCGGGCCGGGCCGAAGUGACCAGGCCGGCCCUGUGCUUUUUCAAAUUUGCUCAGGCCCGGCCCGGCCCGGUGAAAGCCCAGGCCGGCCCGGCCCUGUUUGGCCCGAUACUGCAAAAAGGUUGGAUAAAACUUUAUGCACUCUCUACUGGAACUUUUUAUGCCUUCCAGCGGGGUUUUACGUCUAUAUGAGUGGAAUUAAAACGUCUAGUCGGCUGACUGGAACAGCCGAACAGGUACCUAAAACCUAGCCAAAAAGUUGGAUUGUGUCGAUUUUUUUAUCCUAUAGAAAGUUAGCUAUGUAAAAAUAUGGACGUUAUGAGGCUACAUGUUUAAUCAAAAACUGCGUAGAUGCGUUCAUUUACCUCAAGGAAUCAAAUUACAGCGAAAUGUUUAAGUUUAUCAUCAAAAAUUCGAAGAUUUGCCCGAUCCUUGCAUAUUUGGGUGGGAUUUUACAUAUACAUAAUCAGUGAUUUUAAAGAGUUUGAAAAGGUGGUAAAACAGUAUAUAAGUCAAAAAGGUUUGAUUUAAUAUCCAUCCAACAAUUCUGCUAAGCAUUUGUGCUUUAUUUUGCUGGUUCAGUAUUAAUUUUUUUUCACUUAUCCACCUUCCGGGCCGGGCCGGGCCGAGAGUCUCGGCCCGGCCGACGGGCCGAAGCGGUCAGGCCGGCCCUGGGCUUUUUCAAAUCUGCUCAGGCCCGGCCCGGCCCAAUCACCGGGCCCGGCCCGAUUGCCACCUCUAUUCAUAAUAAUCGUUAUAUAAGGCCUCAACUCGAAGCUUAUACUCCGCCGAUUUAAUUUGGACCAGCCUGAAACUCGAGAACCGUUAUAGAUAUGAACUUCAUUCCUUCAACAAGUUUGAUCACCAGUCGACUCUAUGUUCAACUGUAGCAAAAUAUUUCCUCUGCCUUGAGGCACAAAAAAAUGUUUGGUUUUUUUAAUUUUCGCUGUCGGAAAAGUUGGACCAGGGCAAGAAAAAUUUGCAUUUCUCUAUCACUAGGUGGGAUGAAGCCAUGAUAACUUGUGAAAACAAUAGUGAUUCCCUGCUGUUUCUAACGAUAUGCUAUUCCGAGAUCAGCGCUGUGUUUAAGGCCCUGAGGGGAGCUUUUAAGAAAACUCCCAAAAUUCCAGAAACUUUUUGCCCUAGCGCUUGGGUAAGAAGCGUAAAUCGUCCUAAAUUAGUUUCAGUGAAACCACAGUAUAGUGUACAUCUAAUUGGAUGAUGUUAUAAAAUAGUUUUACAUCCAACCCAAGUUUGAAAGUCACAAAUCCUCCAAGAACAAAAAGUUGUAUAGUGUACAUCUAAUUGGAUAUCAAUUUCUAGAAUUUUGGGAAUUUUCUUAAAAACUGCUCUCAGGGCCUUAAACACAGCGCUGACCUUGGAAUGGCAUAUCGUUAGGACCAGCAGAGAAUCACGAUUAUUUUCACAAGUUAUCAUGGCUUCACCCCACCUAGUGAUAAAGAAAUGCAAAUUUUUGUUGCCCUGGGCCAAACUUUUCCGAAAGCCAAAAUUAAAAAAUCCAAAAGUUUUUCUUGUGGCAGAUGAAAUAUUUUGCUUCAGUUGAACAUAGAGUCGACUGGUGAUCAAACUUGUUGAAGGAAUGGAGUUCAUAUCUAUAAGCGUUUUCAAGUUUCAGACUGGUCCAAAUUAAAUCGGCGGAGUAUAUAUCAUUAGAUAGCGUUUCCAACGUCCUUUCAUAGCAUAUAAACAGAAAUUGCAAAAUUGCAUUCCAACAAAAAAAAUGCAAAACAAAAAAACGGCGGAGUCAUACUUUUAAAAAACCUAAUAUUUUGAAAAUUUAAAAAAAAACCUAAUAUUUUGUUCGAAUUUUAGGGAAAAUGGAUCCACCCCGAGAUUGACAACCCCGAGUACAAGCCCGAUGACGAGAUCUACAAGUUCGAUGACCUGUCGAUCGCCGCUUUCGACCUGUGGCAAGUGAAGUCCGGAACCAUCUUUGAUAACCUCCUGAUCACCGACUCGAUCGAAGAAGCCAAGGCCCACGCUGCCGAGACCUUCGAGCCUCUGAAGGAAGCCGAAAAGAAGAAGAAGGAAGAGUUUGAAGAGGAAGAGAAGAAGCGAUUGGAAGAGGAAAGAAAGAAGGAAGAAGAGAAGGCCAAGGAAGAGAAGAAGGACGAGAAGGAAGAUGAAGAAGAAGAUGAGGAGAAGGAACACGAUGAACUUUAA